CCAGUUUCCGUUUGUAAGUAAAACUGGUCGUAUUUUCCUGUCAAAGGGCACUUUUUCUAACUUCGAGUGCGGGUUUCCGUUAGGGACGUUGCCGUUCGCGAAUUGAUCUUGGCGCGUGUUUCUGUUGUGGCCGGAGCUCGCUAACCUACUUUUGGCGGAGUGCAGAGUACGCUCGGCUGCGGUCAUCGGCUCCGCGCGUCGUUGUAGUGCGCCGGCGGAGCGAAAGUCGUCCGAUUCCGGUCGGCCAAUCGAACGAUACCCGUGGGAUCCGCUCGGGACACUGUGUUUGUGUGUUACGUUGUGUUUCCCGCUCGUCGCGGUAUGCGAGCGGUAGUGUAUCGCUCCACCAGGAUUUAACUCUAAGGACGAAGGAUUGACGGCUGGAGAAGAUGAGGUGCCUGUGCACGAAAUCGCAGACGCACCACUGCAAAGUGGUCCUCCUCGACGAACAAGAGCUCCUCCACGAAAUUCAGGAUAACACUCGCGGCCAGGAAUUAGUGGAUCUAGUUUUUCGUCACUUGAAUCUGCUGGAAACCGCCUACUUCGGGCUGCGCUACAUCGAUGCCAACAAUCAAACGGAAAAGACACCCUCACGUUGUAUUUUGGAGUCAAAUUUUACGCCGUCGACCCUUGCAAACUUCUGGAAGAGAUCACGAGGUAUCAAUUUUUCCUGCAAGUGAAACAAGAUAUUCUCCAAGGACGACUUCCAGUGACUCCAGAGCUUGCGGCCGAGUUAGGAGCUUACGUUGUUCAAUCGGAACUUGGCGACUAUGACCCCAGACGUCACUCCCCUGGCUACGUGUCCGAAUUCCGGUUCGUGGCGAACCAAACGGCCGAAUUGGAAACUAAGAUCGCUCAAAUCCACAAGGAGUUGGUAGGCCAGUUACCAUGCGAGGCAGAACUCAAUUACCUGGAUAAAGUCAAGUGGUUAGAAAUGUACGGGGUAGAUCUUCAUCCCGUCUUGGGCGAUGACAAUGUAGAGUAUUUUUUAGGACUCACUCCGACAGGUGUUAUUGUGCUCAGGAAUAAGAACAAAGUCGCAAAUUAUUACUGGACGAGGAUAUCAAAAAUUUACUCAAAGGGAAAAUACUUCAUGCUCCGUGUUUGUGAUAAAAAUAAUGAAGAAAACACCUACGGAUUUGAGACUCCUUCCAGGGCAGCCUGCAAGCAUUUGUACAAAUGUAGUGCUGAACAUCAUUCUUUCUUCAGACUAGUUCAAGUUUUACCAAAUCCUCCAGAUAUCCUUACCUCUAGAUUUAGUAGCAGAACAGAAAAAUUGUCUGGUCGCAGCCUUCAGCUCAGUCUCCGAAACCCUCCAAAUUUUGUUCGAACUCCUAGUCGCCGUUAUCAAAGACGGAUUGUUGAAGGGGCGUUAGAUCCAUCUAAAGCAGAGGACCCUCCUCCCCCUACUCCUAAGGAAAACGUACCACCAGCUGAAGUCAAAACCGUAUCCAUUCCUCAACCAGUUUAUUCUGUGCGAAGAAGCGACUCACCGCGCAGCACACGCAGUGCUCCAUGGGGCCCUCGAGGAAGUCCUCAAAGUGUGCGUGCCGGUUUGUUCUCUGGUUCAUCACCACGCUCAGUCCGCUCAGCCGGUCCACACAGACGCCAUCAUCACCGCCGCUCAUCUAGUGUAGAAAGCCAUAGUUCAAAUGAUUCUCAUUCUUGUCGAAGGCGCAGGCAUAGAAGUAGGAGAGGCUCUGACUGUGAAAGCGAAUUGUCAAGGUGCUCAGGUAAAUCUCAUCAUAGUCAUCGUAGACCAAGACAUCGCAGUAGAAAAACAUCGCACAGUGAUAGAGAAUCCUCAAAACACAGUAAUUACCAGUUGGUUGAGUCCGAAAGUCAGUGGAAAGAGGUCCAAAGGAGACGUGGUGAGGGUUCUGAGAGCCUAGCAACAGCGAGCGUCAGUCGUCCACGUUCUUCAGGACAUCACAAUAGCGGCAUGGAAACGGAGAGUGAGAGAUCGUACCAUCAUCAUCACAGGAGAAAACAUCGCAAGCAUCGAUCCCGCUCACCAUCAUCAGAUAAAUCUUCUCGAUUGCCGGACGAACUUAAGCAGCAUCUGGAAUUCUCAUUGGUUGAGACUGAAGGAAUGAGUGAGUCGCAGCUUAAGGAAAUUCCAUACAAAGUGGUCGAGACGAAUACUGCCAAAUCCGCACUGCGAGUGCGUUUGUCACCCUCAAAUAAACGGAAAUUAGCUCCACGGAGGACAAAAAGCAACAAUUCACUUAAAGACGGGCCUCCGAGUAAUAGUGACAGUCCACCGCCUCCGUACAGUGAAAGUCCUGUCCUGUCUGAUCUCAACAAAAACAACAGCAAGUCUAACUCCCAGCUGCCCAGGAUACCAGCAAGGAGCCAGCCAUCGCGGCCACCGUGCUCUGCAUUGUAUGGAAACCCAGGAACUCUCUUGGGCCGAACCCCAUUUUUGCAUGGCAGUCAAAACAGUGUUGAUCUCCUUGACCAUUCAGCGUGGAACUCGACCCCAAAACGAUCGGACCAUUCACCUCAAAGUUCUCCUUACAAUUCAAUUGGCUUGCCUCUGCCGAACCAACAGAAGAUUUGGUCAAGUCCUGAAGUACGAGGCACCGUUGGACUGCCCUGGCCAUCCAUCAUGGAAGGCUUUUACCAACCUGGUGCCAAGUCUAUGUCGAACGGCUAUUACCCAAGCAACUUGUACAAUAACCAACAGCUCGGUGAACCUAUGAGCGCAAAUCAAAACAUUCUGGAACAUGGCCUUCGCAAUGUCCAACGACCCAGCGAUACCUCCAUGCAGCGGUCCUCCUCCAUAAACUCAGGCCUCAACAAACAAAAAGAAGGCCUCCCCAGUUCGCUUUCGAACCAUUCGGGCCGAUUCACACGGGGCUGUGCUGUGGAAACGGGUGUGUUGGGCAGUCAUACAAUCACACCCAAUGGCAGUAUCGCGUGGCCCAACUCUAACAAUAGCAUGCGGGGCAAACUUCGAGAAAAGCCAGAGCUGCGCGAAAGGCAGGAGCCAAGAAAUGUUAAUCGAAGUCCUGCAUUAGCUCAGAGACUCAAUAGCUCAGGGAACGUAAACCACCCUCCUCCUGUGCCAAGUCCUGAAAGUAAACAGUAUGUUACCAACUCUUUCUCCGCUGAUCUGCUCAAUUGGAACUAUCCAAGCCCAAACCAACCCACUGCCAAGAUGUUCGGAGCGGAAAGUGAUUCGACAAAUGCUAACAGUUGGAACUAUCCAAACCUCUCAAACCACACAAACUCAGGUCCUGAAAGAAAGGAAUUUUCAAAACCAGACUUCGUGAACGCCAAUGGUUGGGCACCAAAACCGGAUGCUGUGAAUGGCUGGAGCUACGCUUUAGAUAACCAGUGGAGCGAAGCAGAUUCAAACCUAAAUACAAAGCUCACCAAUGGAUCACUUGAAGAUCUCCUCUCUCGAUCCAGUCCGAAUGGAUCGUUGAAGAGGUGGGAUCAGCGCAGUCCAAGCACGAGCAUGAAAGGCAAAAACAUCUCGCCGAACAGCUCACUACCGAUGCAUCCUAACGGGUGGCAACGCAAUAGUAACAAGGCUGGUGAUCGUGGACCGCUGUACCUGUCAGCGCAAGCUUAUGAAAACGAGAAUGAAAAUGGGAACAAUGAAUCUAAGACGUCGUUGCAGAAUUCUGAGGUCAACAAUAAUGGCCGGAUCAUAGAUGAAAUGAGCACUGAAUUAUAAAUUGUUUCAAGGAAUACUGGACCUCUUUUGUUUUAAUCUCCAUGAAAUAACUGUAAUUAGUUAAAAGAAUUGUAAUCAUGUACAUAGACUGUGCCGAGAAAACUGGUAGUUGGCCUAGUUUCAGGAUUAUGAUUUUAUAUUUUUUCAGUUUAGAAGAUAUGAAAUGAGGAAAUUUAAUUUUUACAUUUCUGUCAAAUUGCUGCCUCUUUGUAAAUUUUUGACUAAACAGACGGAAAAAGGUCAUUUUUUAUAGUUAAUUGUACGGAUUACAACCCUCUUCAAACCAUAUCUCUAAAGCUAGCUUAGUUUCUUAAAUCAAACCAAAUGCCAGUUGUUUUGGGACAGAAUGUGUAUGAUUCCUGGACCAUUUUGUAAAUUACAUGUGAAGGAAGGAAAUGCAGUUAAUUUUUGUAAGAAAUUAGCAGCAAACUUUUCCAAUUUUUUUCAUUUCCUUAACAAGAUCUGUAUAUCUAGUCUAGUGUGAUUACUUAUCUGUAGAAUUCCUCUUUUACCUCUACUGGUGGACAGUAUAAGGAAAAAUGCAAAAUUAAGAGACAAAAACUAGAUCUAUUUCAAUGGGCAAAGUGCGAAACCAUGUACCUUUAUUGCGGUGUCUCAAAAUGUCCACUCCUACUUUUUUUCUUUUCUUUCUUAAGGAGAAACGAGCCUAUUUUAUAGCUUAAAAUUUCUAAAGUAUCUUCUGCUAACACCCAAAAAACAUCAGGGAAGUUUUCAAGAAAUUACGUUGUCAAGUUUUCCAAAGAGAAAUAAACUAUGACAGGAAGUCUCCAACGUUGUAAACAGAGAUACGCUGUUUCGCACACUUGUCAUUGAUAUAGAAAAUAUCAGAAGCUUUCUCUUCAAGUCCCCUCAGUGGAAGUUUAAAUAAUUAUUUAAUUCACCAGAAAUCAGGAAAAUAUCAGGAUUUUUAAUUGCUGAAAUUCAGGGAAGUUUUAUACUAGUGUCUUAGUAAAAAAUCGGAUCUAAUCAACUUUUUUAAUGCUGCUGUGUUUUCCCUUCUUUGUAUAUUUAUGAAGUAAUGGGAAGAAUGAGGAAAUUCUCUUGCUAUCUUCUUCUUUGAGCUUUGAUCGCACUAUUUAUAAAAUUUUCAACUCAGGACCUUAUGAAGGAUUUUUAUUUAUGAGUGGACCUCGCACCAACUCUCAAAAAAAGGUUUUCAAGUUUUACUACAAUGGCUUUGUCUCAGACUGAAAUUUCUGGUUGAUGUAUAAGUUCAAAAACAUUGAUGAAUAUUCUUCUAGUUGAUACGGAAUUUUGUUAAAAUAUAUUUUCCUUCUUUUUUCCAAAUACUCGUAUCUGCCUGAAGAUCCAAAAUCAAAUCACCCUCCAAAAUCUUUCACUUGUACUAUGGAAGUCCUUGAUUAAAAAAAUAUGUAAUUCGUCGUAAUUGUGUAAAAAAUUAGCGUUUUUUCAGGUGCUUCCUCUAUAAAAGGAGUCAUCCUACGCCAAUAUGUAAAACCACACAAAAAAAGGAGUAAGAGCAGUUUUGGUGCAAAAUUUUCAGGUUUUUGUAACUUGGAUAUGUUUCUAACUUCUAUGUGAUUUUUUUUUCAUCAAAUUUUUUCUGCUAUUUUUGUACGAUAUUUGUAUUCUCAUUAAAGUCCCGAUCACCUGACAUAGCCUGAGAAAAUGUUUCAUGUCAAGAUAAUCCUCGUAUUUUGUACUACUAAGUGUCUGAUCUGUGUUCUUUGUAGUCGCAUAGUGUUAGCCCCUACAUUUUUGUACUUUUAUAUGUUCCCUUGUCUAAAUUUAACCAAAAAUUUUUGAUUCCUGAGGAUGGCAAUUUCGAAUUCUUCAUCUCCAGAAGUACAACAGAGCAGCAGUUUUAUCCAAUAACUUUUUGUCCCUUUUAUUUUUGCUUUCUUUAAAUUGCUUAUUUUUACCUGUAAUAAUUCUGUUGCAGCAGAGCGAAUCAAGGGUUCUCUCUCACAAAUACAUGGUUAUGCUAAUGAUAACCAAAUUCUUUUUUAAAUAGGUGUCGAUUCAUUUAUUAAUAAGGGACAGAAAUUCUUCUUCAGAGUCAAAUGAAAAUUUGCUGUUAGUUGAGAAACAAGGAGAUCACUGCCAAAUGUUCCCGAUAAACUUAAUCCCAUCUCGCAAAACGGUCACUUUGUACUUUUUCUCUGUGUCGGAUAUUGACGAGCCUUUGGUCCAGAAAAAUCUUCCUCCACACCUGCUCAAAAUUUUUACUGCCAAAACUUGAUUACUCACAAAAUAUGUAUUCAUUUACAGAACAUUUUUGCGUAAAGUUCUCUCUUAUUAUAGCUUUACUUUUACAUCGACUGGUGAGCUUUGAGGACCAAAAACUAUGAAUACUGCUAGAAGAUAUCACUUCUCAGAAUUAGUAUUACAACUAAUGUAAGUCACUUUUUUUUGUUUUGGUUCAAAUGUCUGUAACUCUUUCCUAUGAGUCUCCAUUUUGGAUUUCACAUCCAGCCUCCUCCUAAAUGGUCUUUUCCCUUGCGUGUAAAUAUUUGUGCUAAAAAAUUUAACUCAUAUUGAAUCUGCACUUUUUACGUACCUAAGUAUUUAUUUUUCAAUCUUUUUCUACAUUUCUUAAUUUGUACUAUAAGCGCUGCUUUCAUCUUUAGUUUGUUACCAUUCUACCGUUUGUCCAAUGACUAAUAAUGACAUUUGUACAAACUACUUAUAAUAUUUUUCUCAUUUUGUAAAGGAAGCAGAAUUCGGUAGGAAUUAUCUUUUGUUACUUAUAUCAUUUCACUUUGUUUAUUCCUAAAUUCAUAGUAUCUAUCUUCUCACCUCAGUAUGUAACUUAAUAUUUUACAAAAUUUUCACUAUAAAAUAAACAUUUUGUGUUCUUGACCUCA